AUGUGGAGCAUUCUCAGAGUUUGGAUCAUUCUUAGUUUCGGCGCCUCAGCCGCUCUGCUUGGGAUGAAGGUGACAGCCAUAAGCACCAUAUCCCCACCGGCAACUCACAGCCCGCCCUCAUCUGCAUCCACCCACAAAGCCUCCCAAACCCAUGUCACCGCCCACAGCCCCCCCAAGGAAGCGUCCCCUGAUACCAUGGCAACGACCACUCGCAGCUCCCUCAGCAAAGCAUCCCCCCAUACCAAGACGACCAUAACCACUAAAAGCCCACCCUCUGAAAUAUCCCCUGAUACAGCAACAAAAAACACCAACAGCAUCUCCACUAGAACAUCCCGUGAAACCACGGCAACAACCACCCACGGCUCCUCUAAUGAAGCAUCCGCCAAUACCAAGACAACAACCACUAAAAGCCCAACCUCUGAAAUAUCCCGUGAUACCACAACAAAAAACAUCAACAGCAUCUCCACUAGAACAUCCCGUGAAACCACGGCAACAACCACCCACGGCUCCUCUAAUGAAGCAUCCGCCAAUACCAAGACAACAACCACUAAAAACCCAACCUCUGAAAUAUCCCGUAAUACCACAACAAAAAACACCAACAGCAUCUCCACUAGAACAUCCCGUGAAACCACGGCAACAACCACCCACGGCUCCUCUAAUGAAGCAUCCGCCAAUACCAAGACAACAACCACUAAAAACCCAACCUCUGAAAUAUCCCGUGAUACCACAACAAAAAACACCAACAGCAUCUCCACUAGAACAUCCCGUGAUACCACAACAAAAAACACCAACAGCAUCUCCACUAGAACAUCCCGUGAUACCACAACAAAAAACAACAACAGCAUCUCCACUGGAACAUUCCGUGAUACCACAACAAAAAACACCAACAUCUCCACUAAAAAGUCCUCUGAUGCCACAGCAACCACCAACAGCUCCUCUACUGGAACAUCCUCUACGAAAAGGACAACAACGUCACACAGGCCCGGUUCCGGAGGGACCACUGUUACAACAACCUCCACACAACACAGCACAGUGGGACCGGAGUCUUCCAAGCCCACUGGAAAAAUCUCGCCCUCCCCCACAUCCACCACUUCCAUCUCCGCGGGAGGCACACCAAAUUCUUCUGGAACCAAGACUCCAACCAGAACAACUCCCUCCAAUUCCUCUGCCAGCAGUGAUACCACAACCCAUUCAGGCAUCUCUACCUUGACAGGAUCCACCUCACCAACGCCCAAAAACACCCCAAAACCCACAAAGUCCACUCCCGCUCACACCAUCACGACAACAGCUGGAAGAACGCACAAACAGACAACAGGCAAUUCAGUAGUCCCAGUCCGCCCUACCUCCAGCACUCUCCAUCCACAUGUCACGUCUACUGCCAGUAAAAAAACAGGACCCACCUCCCCCACACUGCAGACAACCACUUCCCACACAGACAGCAGAACAACCAAGAGCCCCGCAGGGGGCGGAACCCUGGUGCCAGGCUGGGGCAUCGCCCUGCUGGUACUGGCUGCACUGAUACUGCUGAUCCUACUGGUAUUGCUGAUAGUACUGUUGGUGUGGUGCUGCUGCAGGAGACACUACAGCGGCUUGGGCCCCUACGACCAGCUGAACCCCGCCAACGACAUCCCGCUCUACAGCACGCACAGCCAAUUCCGGUACAACGGGCAAAAUUACGGAGACAUGGAGAAACCAAUGAAAAGCCGGACAGGGAUGUACAUUGUCAACCAAUAGUUUUCCAUGGCCAAUGCGCUCACCGCAUCAUAAGGAUUUGGAAAAACUUGUCCAUGGAUUUAUCUUCAGUCGACUCGACUGCGGUAACAGCGUCUUUACAGAUCUCUCUAAAAACAUCGAUCGAACAGCUGCAGCUGAUUCAGAAUGCCA